UUAUCGGCUUACGAGCUUAAAUAUCGCAUUAAUUUUAAUUGUGCGGUGCACGUGGCGGGAAGUGUUUGUGUCUUUGUUGCAAGAUAUUUUGAAAUUUGUUUAUCUAAGAAUUGGCGCCUUUUUAAAAAUAUUGCAUAGAAUAUGUGGCAGUCAUCAUCUUUAUAUUCUCCGUCUUCGUUAACAAACGAGGUAUCAAUUCAACAGGCAGCAGAACCAAACCAUUCUCCUAUUUCACAAGAUUCACCAAAUGAUGGUAUAUUGCCCAAUUCUCGUCAGACACUAAUAUGUUAUGGAAUCCCUGACGUCACUUCCUCUUUUGUGACACAACUUUUGCCUCACGACACUUUGUUAGAAAUGAAUUCAAAUAUUCAACCGUCACGGUUUAGAAAUCAACGUAGAAGAACAUAUGGCGCUCAAAGAUUCCGCCCUUACAGAAUACCUAAUAUUAAUUUAUUAUUCGGAGUACAGACUGGGAAUUGUAAUUUAGCUAAUACUGAAGAAAUUUUUACAAGUGGUGAUAGUCAAGUAGAAUCCUUUGGAGCCUUAGCGAAGCGAAGACGUCGUGGCCAGUGCAUUGAGAAUUUGUCGAAUAUCGAGCAAGAAAGAGAAAACCGAUCCUUACCGUUAGAAAACGACAGCUUAUCAGAAAAUCGGUUACAAAUAACAUUGAAUAAUAACGUUACGUCUGUGCCAUCUGUUUCUAAUCAGGAUUCUGAUUCAAUGGAAAAUUUUAUUCCUCGUUUUCAAUCAUAUCCUGUACAGUCGACCUCGCCCACCCACCACAUUAUUGAAAAUAGUCACCAAAAUUCUAAUCCUUCAAAUGAAAUAUACUUAGAGCCAGUUUCUUCCUCACUCCUUAAUUCCUUUUUUAGAUCAAACCAUGUCCACAGCAAAGAAUCACACAAUCACAAAUCAAACAGUAAAAGAGCGUUAAAAGUAAUAAACAGCACGAAGUAUUAUCGUAAUGUCGAUGAAGAUCCAUUGUCACCAUUCUUACGUCUCAUUCCUGAACUCCCGCUACCUACAAUAAGUGCCCAAAAAUUAGCAAAUAACUUAAUAAAACUCUCGCGCUACCUUAAGUCUCCAAAUCUGAAUGAACUUUGCUGUCUGAACUGCUGCCACAUUCCUGUUUUACCAGUUACAGGACAAUGUGGCCACACGAGAUGUAUGAGAUGCAUCCUAUUGAACGGGGCCUGUCCUUGUGGUGUUAAUGCACCAAAAACAUUGUUUGUAAACACAAUAGUACGGGAAAUAGUAGAAAAAAUGAUGAAAUAUAUAAAAAAGCCAAGAAUAAUAGAUCCCGGAUCGCUCACAAGAACGCCCGAGCAAAGGACUAUUCCAUUAAUCGGAGUCAAGCCACGUUAUUCGAUAAGACGCAGUUUGCAGAAUCGUACGAGCAGGGAACAUGUGAACUGUGCUCACAGUGGUUCACGGCCGCGGGUCCCGAUGACUGUACAGGCUCGGCACCGCAGAGCGCGCGAGCUUAUGGUCGCGGGAAAGUUUCUAGAAGCCGCACCGCAUCUUGCACGCGUUGCUGCCUCUACGGAGCCAUACGCGCGCGUGGCACGUGUUCUAUUGACGCAGACAAUCAGUGCCAUGUGUAACGUUCGGAAGCGUCGCACCAUAACUCGUGAGCUCUGCCAGUCGGUCCGAGAACAGUCUGCGCAUAGCUGGGUCAGUCCUUCGGAUCUGGAGUGUGUGCUGUGCACGAAUACAUUCACGAAUCCUGUGUCGACGCCCUGCGGCCACACAUACUGUCGAAGUUGCAUCGAACGUUCCUUGUACUACAAAAAGAAGUGCGCAUUAUGCUUGGGGCCUUUAGAAAAUUUUAGACUCGCCGAGACUCGUGAUACACAGUUCAUAACAUCAAUUUUGGCAUCGAUUGACGUCUUACCGUUGCCAGAAGAAACAGACGUCAUACCAGUUGUUACCUGUUACGUAGCAUUCCCUGGAAUGCCAUGUCCGCUGUUCAUUUUCGACCCUCGCUACUGGCUGAUGGUGCGGCGGGUUCUGGAGUCCGGAUCGAGACGGUUCGGUAUGCUCGCCUACGAAAGAGGACAUACGUUUGCCGAUUAUGGAACUGUCCUUGAAAUUUGUGAUUGUGUGGUGUUAGAAGAUAGCCGCUGUAUUGUAUCAACGGUUGGCGUCUCGCGAUUUAGGGUUCUCGAGAGACGUGUGAAGGAUGGAUGUGAUGUUGCCCGCAUCCAGCCUUUGACUGAUAUAAUUCCAACGGAUGAUGAAAUUCAAGAUCUCCAUUUACUGGCUGGUCAGAUAUCUUGUAAGGCGCAGACAUGGCUUAAGAAUAUGGACGAGAGUGUAAGAGAGGAAAUCGAGACUGCAUUUGGAUCCCUUCCCUAUGAUGAAACACCUGACCAAUGGUGGAAAACCUGCGACGGACCAAAUUGGUUAUGGUGGCUAAUAGCAAUAUUACCUCUUAAAUCUGAGAUAAAGAUAUUGAUUCUAUCAACACGCAGUCUUUUAAAACGCAUGUUGGCAGUCUCACGCACGCUUGAUGUUAUGGACUCGGACUCAUUUACAGCAAGUAAUCAAUCAGACGGUGAACCUCCUCUAAACGAGCUCACAAAUCAAGAAUGGUUGAACCGAAACAGGUGAAACUUAAGACCAAUUAUAAGUAAUUGGUGAUGAUUAAGUAAUGUAAAUGAAUAAAAAUUGCAUUCAAUUAUGUAAUGCUACAUUAAAGCACUUACUAAUAGCUUAAAUAAAAUUACAAAACUUUUAAUUUAAAUGAUUUUAUAAAUGAUUAACAGAUCGAUUGUCUGUUUAAGCUUUGCUAGCAUUCCAUGAAUAUUAAUGUAAAUAUUACUUGCAUUUUUUGCAGAUAUUCAUUUGACACAUGUAUAUUUAUCUUAUCUUGAAAUAGGAAUUAAAAUUUUAAUUCAACAUUAAUUUAAAAUAGUGUAUUACAAUUUUACAGCCAUAUUUGUAAAUUUUUUAUACAAGUAAAUAAAUUAUUAAAUAAUAAAUAAUUCUAAAUAGUUAAUUGAUUUUGUAAAUUUUGUGUUUUAAGUAUUACCUUUACCUGUAAAUGAUUUGAAUACAAUUUAUAUAUUUUUCUUAUUUAAUAGAGAGAUAUAAAUAAGAUCUCAUGGUGGUAUGAUCUGCCUUCCUAUGGGAACAUAUAGGUUUAAGUAACUAUCUUCUUUAAAGUAUUGUUUCCUUUGAAAUUAAGAACAUUAAAAUAAAUGUAACAUAUUGAUUUAGUUAUUUAAUGAUCUCUCCAAUUUAUAAUUAAAUUAUGGCAUAAGGUUCACACAGUAAGAAUGAUAUGAAUACAAAGUAAAAAUAUAUUAUUAAAAUAAGUCCAACAUGAUUGUAAUGUUGUAAUUUUUGUUUUGUCUGUAUAAAGUCAGUUCAACAAAGCUGAAAUAUUUGCUGUGAUCACUCUAAGCAUAUUAUUAAGUAUAUUUUUUGAUACAGCUUGGACUUAGUAGCUUUUAUGUCACCGUAAGAAUGAUUUUUUUUUUGUUUAAUAUGUAAUAUAAUAAAAACACAAUUUUUUUA